CUGUUUACUGUAUUUUUUAAAUUUUUUAAACUGCACGCACAGAAAUUCAGGACAGUUCUUAUUAUCAUUAAUGCUUUUGACUUGAUUUAAGUACGUACCUGAUUUAAAGUACUGACUGGGAAAAUUUGUACUGAGAUCUCCCAUGGCUUCCGACAGCUCUCGCCACAUUCCAAUAGACAUCCAUUUGGGACAGCUGUUAGAAUGGCUCAUCAGUCGGCGACACUGCACCAGGGACUGGCAUGCGAGCCUUACGGCUGUCCGGGAGAAGCUGGCUUCGUUAUUCCCGAAACUGCAGGAAGAUGGAAAUAUACAGAGUAUAUUGUCAACUGCUGAACUUCCCACUACAGCCUCGGAUCUUCUGUACGUCCAUUGUAAAAAGAUUUUUGAACUACUGAAUGAAUCGCCACUUGGAGCCAAAAAUUUGUUGGGCCAAUACCAGUCUCCGUUGAUGAAGGACCUGAACGAAGUUAUGAAGCUCUAUGAGAAAGACAACACAUAUCUUGCGGAAUUGGGUCAAGUCAUAUAUCGCAACAUAACGUACGACAUUCCAUUUAUCAAGAAACAAAUGCACAAACUGGACCAAUCUGUUACCGAGUAUGGGAAGAAAUCAGAAGAUGCUGCUAGAAAUGCUGCGGAAUUCCAUGAUCAGUAUCGCAAAGAAUGUGAAGUAUUGGGAAUAGAAGGACGGAAUGUGAUGGAAGAACUUCUGCUAGGCGCUAAAGUGUUGCCACAAAUGUACGACAGCAUUUCCUCGCGAUCGGUUAUUCUGCAGCCGUUGUGUAAAAAUGUUGAAGAAUUUAUUGCCGCAAUCCACAAAGGCAGUACAAAAGAAGAGCAGACUGGUUCAGACCUGUUUCCACUUGUUCACCAUCUUAUGAAGUACGGUAAUCAACCGUAUCCUUUGACGGAGCAGCCACAUUUGGAAGACACUGUGGCUAAUAUUGCGGUGAUGGACACUGCCCUUCCCGCUGUUACCGAGGAGGACAGAGAAUCCAGCCGUUUUUCGCUGGACGUUAAUUUGAACGAUACGAUUGCCGAUCAUCUUAAUGAACUCAAUAAAUCCGAUGUGGCCGAUGUUAUUGAUUUUAAUAUUGAGGAACCGGAAGGUGACAACGAAGUUGACUGGGAUUUAGGAAACGAUGAUAUCAGCAUAACGGUGGAAGAUUCGUGUGAUUUUGCCAAGCGGAGUGUCCUUGAUAAUCCUGAAACGAGAAUUCAGAUGACCAACGAAUUGCACGAGCUGUUAGCGUUUCUGCAACGAAGACUGGAAGAGCAGACUACAGAACAUAUGGCAUCAUCUUUUUUGAAUUUGCAAACGUUGGCUGAUUCGGUCCUUUUUGGCGAUAAGAGGACUGUGCAACAGCAUAUUGGCAGUGUCCAGGAAAUUUUGGAUUUGCUGAACGACCACCGAUUGCAGUCGCUUUGCAAACUGCACGACUCUACCACGUUUUUAGAACGCCUGACGAAACAGCUGGAGCACAAGCUAACUUUGGCUAGGCGCAUGGAAGAUCGAGCUGAGUCUUUCAAGAUUCACCGUUUGGAAGCCGCGGAAGAGCGCAAGAAGCUCGAUCCAGAACUGCAGCAACUCAUCACAGGCACUCGGGAAGUACAAAAAUUUAUUGAGCAAGAAAUUUCACGAAAAUACCACGAUCGACGUGUAACAAUUCUUGGUGGCAUUCAGGCUGUAACAUGAAAUUUUUUUAGUAUAGUUUUUAAUAGUACGAGUACAACCGAUUUACCGUUUUGAAUUUCUGAUGAGUAUGAUGUUGUGGUGUGUCAUUAAAAUGAUGAUAAAUUCACCGUCGUCCA